AUGACUGCGCGAGAAUCUGAGAAGGGCCAUCGCUACAUCGUUGCCCUGGAUAGCGCUCGAUCUCACAACAAAUGGGACGAGGUUCCUGAGCUGAUCCGCAAGGUCACAAAGCAUGCCUCUCAUCUAACCUGUUAUCUGGAUGUAGCUAGGGCCGAGUAUCAGAUCAUCACACAUAUUCACAAGAGGCCAAGCUCACCGUCCACACGCCCUCCCUCAUCUUCCGGUCUACCAGGAUUAAUUCCCUCGCUUCUCUCCACCAUAGACAAGGCAGACGCCACGCCACAAGAGUUGUUCCAAGCACAGGUCUGUUUAGGAUGGGUACACUACACGCUCAAUGAACCGGGCUUGGCCGCAGCUCGCCUCCCAAAGGACUUUGGUGAUGAACUGAACACCUUGGUAUCGGCCGGGGAGGAGCUCACAUCAUGGACCAAAGUGUGCCUUGUCAAGGGCUGCUAUAUCAAAGGUGCUGCACAGCAAGCGGUUUCCGGUGCUCAGGAUGCGUUGCAUACUUUCAAUUCUCUAGCGCCAUGGCUAGGAAGUCAGAACUAUUCGACGUCAUCGACCCAGUUCUUGUAUUGGUCCGAGAAAGUAUUAGCAGAUGGUGCAUUGAUUGCAGGGGAUGAAGUCCAAAAAACCAUUGCGGAUCCGAGUCCGGAGUUUGUAAGGGUUGCUCUAAGCCUCUUCCGGGCAUGGUCGUCCCAUCCCGCCGUGAAACCCGGGGCAUCUCCUCAUGGCUCACAUACUGAAAGCUCAUCAGAGCCAGUUCCGAAAUCAUCCAUCUGGAAAUCAUACUACGACCUUCUCUCUGCCAUCCUUCAGCAUGGCUUGCCAUAUAAUGCACCUACCGGUAGCCCUGAACGACCACAGCUUGCCGACGAAUUGCGCCGCGUGGAGGCUAUAUGCGAGGCCAACCUUCUCCGCGAUGUGAAAUUCCCUACUGCUGACUCGGGCAAUAAGAAAAUCGAGGUCUGGGUGGAGCAAGUUAUCAGGAACUGGAAGGAACUUUGCGGACCCCAUUGGCAUGAUGAGGAACUGGGAGCAGGUGGGCAGCAUGCCAUAGGGAAGAAUGUUCUUGAUAUUCUCUACCGAGCUGCGACCAGGACAUACCAUUCUUUCCUCAUCCUAAGACGUCUCUUCCACGUUCAUUCAGCACUUGCAGAAUUCGAUCUUGCUUUUAAAGCACUCGACUCGUAUAUUGAGAUUGUCUCGGGUGCCAAGGAGAGGGCUGAGAAGUCAGUGCCCAAUGAAGAGCUUGAGGAUGAUGGUGUUUUUAUGCGCACCCUUUCCGAAGGCAUUACUAUCCUUUGUUGCUUCGGCUCGAACAAAGAAGCGGAAAAGGCAAGGGAUCUCAUUGCAAUUCUGAAAAAAUACAUCAGCAAAUAUGUCAAUGACCACCAGCAAGGGCAUGAGAGGACAAUGGUCGUUGAGCCGCAAACUGCUUCACUAGCGGAUAUUAGUGCCACAUACCGUGCUAUCGGCAUUGGUCUCGCAAACUGGGCAAGCUGGACCCCAGUCAAUGAGGACAGAGAUGACAUUCGAACAGAGGCUAUCGAGUGUCUUGAGCGAAGCAUCGCUCCCGAACUCGGCGACCAGUUCAAUUAUUCCUCUAUUUACACACUGGCUCUGCUCCUGGCAGAAAAUCGUGACCUUGAUGCUGCAAUUGACUAUGUCAAGUCAGCAUUGGCGUCCAAUAAAGAUCCCGAGGCCUCCGCCAGCUUUAGCCGCGAGCGAGACUUGAUACCUCUUUGGCAUCUCCUGGCUCUUCUUUUGAGCGCCAAGCAAGAAUUCGAUAUCGCAGAACGCUCAUGUGAGGCUGCCUUUGAACAGUUCCCCGCUGCCGCCACCUCCCUCGCCGAUAGGGAAAGGCGACCUUCAAAACACCAGUCAAUUGCGCAAGAACAAUCGAAGCUACAACGUGCACUAAUCGGCCGAUUACGGAAUCGAGAAAAAGAGCGGAUCAUUGAGACUCGCAUGACCCAGCUCGCAUUUGUGGAGGUCCUGGAAAGCCCCGAAGCAGCGCUCAAUCAUAGCGAACAACUUCUCGGCCUUUUUGGUACUCUGUUCCAAAAUCUGGACCUUGAGACUGAGGGGCAAACAAGGACAAAGACAGAUCAACUUCCGCGUCCGAAAAGCGCCUCUGGAACAGUCAGAAGCUUCCGCGGCAGCAUCUUUGGGCGACACAAGGCCUCUCGUACUCCCGAUCAGAAAGCCCCCGAGCUUAAGGCAGACUCUCCAAGCCACUUGGCCCUUCAUCCUAGGUCGUACAAUCUCGAUGGUGCGCCCGCUAUACAAGAGACUGACGGAAACGGCUCAACUACCGAUGACGUUCAUUCUUCGAUAGGUCGGUCCGACUCUCGGAAACUGCGUAAGCGCGGCAGUACUCUCAGAAAACCAGACAUCGCCCUAGAUCAGAAUGGGGGUCAUAUGAAUGGUGAUAGCGCAAAUUACCAUAACUCCGAAGACGGGGCGCCGAACGGAUCUCGCCCAGGGGAAGAGGCACCUAGCUUAGACACUGUCCGUAACGCAGUUUCACAGGCGACAGGCCAACCACAGAGUGCGAAACACACGCUGAGCCCCGUUGCCCACAAUAUCAAGCACACACACCUAGAGCCGCCCGCUGGCCACGAAAAGCAGCCGCCUGAGCAGGAUAUUCGGCUGCCGACGUCUUACGGCUUCGAGUCUCCAACAGGAGCGUUGGCCAAGUUCCCGCACAUUCAAGCCCAAAAGCAUGCCUUGUGUAUCCUAGCCAAGAUAUGGCUCCUCAUCGCUGGACUUUACCGGCGAGCCUCCUCCUUUGAUGACGCUGCAGAGGCAUGCGAGGAAGCUUCGAGGCACGUGAAGCGGAUUGAAACACUCACAGCAGCGCAGGACGCCUCUGCUCGGUCAUUCCGAGAACGCGGAUGGGCAAACCCGAAGAGCUCCGACGAGCUCUGGGCUGAUAUCUACGCUGAACGUGGCCUUUUAUUGAACAUCCACUCGCGCCCGCAUGAAGCAAUAGAGCACUUCGAGGAGGCACUACUGUACAACCCCGAUCAUCCGAAGGCGACCAUCAGCCUGGCGAAUCUGCUACUGGACAUCUGGGACCAGAAACUGCCCCUCCAACCUUCCGAGCCGGGGGUGGAUGCAGGCCUGUCAACAAUGACCCCUCCGCCACCUAAAGGCACCAAAUCUAAACAGGGAAAACGCCUUAGUAGAGUUGGAGUCUCUGAGCCAGCCAAACCGAAAACUGAGAGCUCGAGCCUCGCCACCGAGGAUGAAGACCCUAAGGUGAUCAACCGCAUCGCAGCUCGUGAGCGAGCUUAUUGCUUGCUAUCCGCAUUGACCAAACGCGGAACAUCCUGGGACAAUUCGGAAGCUUGGUUUGCCCUUUCCCGAGCAUACGAGGCCGUAGGUCAAACGCAGAAGCUGAAAGAGGUUUUGUGGUGGUGUGUCGAGCUUGAAGACCGCCGACCGAUCCGUCACUGGUCCAACCUCGGCUCUGGUGUGUAUGUUCUGUAG